AUGCGCGCGCCGAACGGCGUGGCGCGAUGGGCGCAGAGCAACGUUGCGCCACUCACAGACUACGCGCGGGUCGCACACGCGCCGAACGUAGCCCCCGCCUUCGUUUACGAUGACCGUAUCAACCAGCGCCUUGCAUUCUGGCAAGGUGAUAUCACAACAUUGGAUGUUGAUGCGGUAACCAAUACAACAAACGAAACUCUCUCGGAAUGCAACGCGGUUAGCGAGAGGAUAUUGCAGGUCGCCGGACCUGACUUAAAGGAAGAGAUUAUCACAAGGGCGCUUGAAUGUCGCACGGGCGAGGUUGUCGUGACCCCGGGCUACCAGCUCCGAUGCCGGCACAUCAUCCACACUGUGAGCCCCAAGUAUGUGGCUAAGUACCACACGGCCGCGGAGAGCUCGCUACACAACUGUUACAAGAAUGUGCUAAUUAAGGCUAGCGAACUGGGCGCUCGAUCACUGGCAUUAUGCGUACUGAGCUCACCACGCAGAAACUUCCCGCCUGAUGUGGCCGCACAUGUCGCUUUGCGCACGAUCCGGCGGCACCUGGAGCAGAGCGCGCUGCCGCAGCUGGUGGUGGUGUGCGGCGGCGGCGUGGAACUGUCGCCGCUGAGCGCGCUGGCCGCGCUGUACUUCCCGCGCAGCGCGCGCGAGGCGCUUAGCGCGGCCGCGCGCCUGCCCGAUCCCGGCGGCCCGCCCGAGCGCCGCAUCCGCAUCAUACACAACCCGCACGAGCCGCACGAGCCACACGCAGCGGACGACGAUACUGCGUGCGACUCUGACGCGGCGGCUGAGGCGGCGGCCGCGUUUGCACGCGCCUGCGCCCCCGACACGCAGCGCUUGCUCGCGCCCGCCUCCCCGAUCGCGCCUCGUCGCCUUCUCCACGACCACGACGAGUGA